AUGUGCCGCGGCGUCGGCUACAACCUCACCUCGAUGCCCAACGAGCUCAACCACGACUCCCAGGAGGAGGCCGGGCUAGAGGUGCACCAGUUCUACCCGCUGGUGGAGAUCCGGUGCUCGGAGGACCUGCGGCUCUUCCUGUGCUCCGUGUACACGCCCAUCUGCCUGGAGGAGUAUGAGCAGCCGCUGCCGCCGUGCCGCGGGCUGUGCGAGCGCGCGCGCGCCGGCUGCGAGCCCAUCAUGGCGCAGUACGGCUUCCCCUGGCCGGAGCGCAUGGCGUGCGAGCGGCUGCCCGUCGCGGCGCCCGCCUCCGAGAAGCUCUGCCUCGACCGCAACAGCAGCCGCGAGGAGAAGGAGUUCGCGGCGGUGUGGAUCAGCCUGUGGUCGGGGCUGUGCUUCGUGUCGACGCUGAUGACGCUGACGACGUUCCUGAUCGAGCCGGAGCGCUUCCGCUACCCGGAGCGGCCGAUCGUCUUCCUGUCGGGCUGCUACUGCGUGGUGAGCGCCGGCUACCUGGCGCGCGCGCUGCUCGGGCCCGAGGCGGCGGCCUGCGACGGCCCGCUGCUGCGCCACGGGCAGGCGUCGCCGCCCGGGCUCUGCGCGCUCGUCUUCCUGCUCAUCUACUUCUUCGGCAUGGCCUCCUCCAUCUGGUGGGUGGUGCUGUCGCUGACGUGGUUCCUGGCGGCGGGCCUGAAGUGGGGCAACGAGGCGAUCGCGGGCUACGCGCACUACUUCCACCUGGCGGCGUGGCUGGUGCCGACGCUCAAGUGCGUGGCCGCGCUGCUGCUCGCCGCCGUCGACGGCGACCCCGUGGCCGGCGUCUGCUCCGUCGGCAACCAGAACCCCGCGCACCUGCGCCUCUUCGUGCUCGGCCCGCUCGUGCUCUACCUGCUGGUGGGUACCUCGUUCCUGAUGGGCGGCUUCGUGUCGCUGUUCCGCAUCCGCAACGUGAUCAAGCAGCAGGCGUGCGGCGGCCGCAGCAAGGCGGACAAGCUGGAGAAGCUGAUGAUCCGCAUCGGCAUCUUCAGCGUGCUGUACACGGUGCCGGCGACGAUCGUGAUCGGCUGCUACCUGUACGAGAGCAGCUGGCACGCGGCGUGGACGCGGCCGCUCGUGUGCCCGUGCGCGCCGCGCUCGCCGCGCCCGCUCUACUCGGUGCUCAUGCUCAAGUACUUCAUGGCGCUCGCCGUCGGCAUCACGUCGGGCGUCUGGAUCUGGUCGGGCAAGACGCUCGACUCGUGGCGGCGCCUGUGGCGGCGCCUGUGCGGCGCGCCGCCGCUGCCCGCGCCGCCCCCGGCGCGCAAGCUGCCCGGCGCGCCGCCCCCGCACGCCGCCGCCCCCGCCGCCGCCGCCGGCACGCCCGCGCCCGGCUCGACGCUGCUGGCCGCGCCGCACGUGGCCGUGGGCGGCGGCGCGGGCGGCGGGCCCCCGCAGCACCACCACGUGCUCAAGGCGGGGCCCCCGCCCGCCCCCGCCUCGCACGUAUGA